AUGUCCUGUGCAAAAAAAACUGAAAUUCCUGCUUUUCAAGAUGGUUACAAGUUUCCUCCACCUUGCAUAAAGAUGAAUGCGACCCAAAUUGCUUUUGUAACUUCCGAAUUUACUUUGGGAGGUCUUCUUGGUUCUAUGUUUGCUUCACGCGUCGCGGACAGCAAAGGAAGACGACAAACUUUACUUUUGAACAGAAGGAUUCUUGCCGGUAUUGACUCAGGCGUGGUUGAAGGUCUUUAUCUUUCCACCGUUCCGGGUUGGCGUCUAAUUCUUCUUAGUGGCUUUAUAUUAUCCCUUGUUCAAACAACUUUCUUAUUCUUUUCCGUCGAAUCACCUCGUUUCCUUGCGGCUAAACCCGGUGGCUACAGUGUGGCUAAGCGAGUUUUACAAAAAUUAAGGGGCAGCGCAGAAGUAGAUGAUGAACUUAGUGGAUGGCGGCAAGUCGCAACAGAAGAAGGAUUAGAAGGUCUCAUAUCAGAAGAAGAGAGUGUACAACAAUCUGAGAAUAAUGACGAAGAAAUAAUUAGAGAGUCACCUGCGGUAGUAUUCCACGCGCGUAAUUCGGAUGAAAACUUUGGUGUAUGGAAGCUUUUAACCAACCCUCGAUAUCUGCCAGCAAUAAAAGUUUUAAUACUUGUACAACUUACGCAACAAUUAUCUGGAAUAAACGGAGUAAUGUUUUAUUCGACAUCCAUUUUAUCUACGAUACUUCCAACUAUGAGCGAUUUGGUCACUGUUUUUAUAAGUAUGGUGAACGUGUUCAUGACAGUCGUCUCGGCCUAUUUAAUUGAUAAAUCUGGACGCAGAACAUUAUUACUAUGUUCGAUUAUAUUUAUGAGUCUUAGUAGUGCAAUUUUAGCUUUGAGCAUUGAUGGUAGUUAUGGAUUGCUCUCAGCUAUUUCAAUUAUUGGAUUUGUAGCUGCAUUUGCAAUAGGUCUUGGUCCAAUUCCAUUUUUAAUAAUUCCAGAAAUUUUUGAUACUAAAGCCGCCGCUACCGCUGCAAGUCUCGGAUUAGCAAUGAAUUGGACAGCCAGUUUCUUAGUCGCAUUUAUAUUUCCGAUAGCUAAUGAGACUAUGGGAGGAAAU